UCACACACACACCAACACACACACACACACGGAAGAUUUAGCUGCUUGCCAACCGAGCGACCCCCUUUGCAUGCUGCGGUGUCUGGAAGUGAAGGAAGCGGAGAUUAACGAUCCAGAUACGCGGCUGCAGGAUGGAGACUCAGAUACUGGUGCCCGUCGGCUCGCCGGUCAUCAGGAAAAUCCCCAUCUUCGUGGACGAACAUGACGUGGUGGGGGGAGCGAUGGAGAUCAUCAAAGAGCUGAGACCGGCGUGGGACUCCAGCCUGGUCAAGACCAAGCUCUUCACUGAUGGAACCACCAACAAGCUGGUGGGCUGCUAUGUGGAGGAGAGUCCGGACGAUGUGGUGCUGGUGCGAGUAUACGGCAACAAGACAGAGCUGAUCGUGAACAGAGACAAUGAGCUCAAAAGCUUUCAGGUGCUACAUGCAAACGGUUGUGCGCCCCGCCUCUACUGCACCUUUCAGAACGGCAUCUGCUAUGAGUUCAUGCAAGGGGACGCUCUUGGGACGCAGGAUGUCCGGGAUCCUACCCUGCUCAGAAUGAUAUCCGGGGAGAUGGCUCGUAUCCAUGCAAUCCACGCACACAACGGCUGCAUCCCCAAACCCGACCUCUGGAUCAAGAUGAGACAAUACUUCUCUCUUGUGGCCACAGAGUUCACAGACCAAGCCUCCAACAUCAGGAUCCAGCAGGAGGUGCCCAGCAAGGCCGUUCUGGAGGAGGAGAUGGUUUGGAUGAAUGAGCAUCUAUCCAAACUUGGCUCCCCUGUAGUGCUUUGCCACAAUGACCUGCUCUGCAAGAACAUCAUCCACAACGAAAAAGAGGGUCAUGUUCGGUUCAUUGACUAUGAAUACUCCAGCUACAACUACCAGGCCUUCGACAUCGGCAACCACUUCAACGAGUUUGCAGGUAUGGCUGAGUUGGACUAUGGGCUGUACCCCAGUCAGGAAAUGCAAAUGGACUGGCUCAAAAUUUACCUGCAGGCCUACAAACUCUUCACCAAGAACACAGAGGAGGUCAGCCCGCGGGAGCUGGAGACACUCUAUGUACAGGUCAACAAGUUUGCUCUGGCUUCUCACUUCUUUUGGGGCUUCUGGGCACUCAUCCAGGCAAAAUACUCCUCCAUCGAUUUUGACUUCCUCGGGUACGCUGUGCUUCGCUUCAACCAGUACUUCAAGACCAAACCUGCGGUGAUGGCCAUGCAGAUCCCAGAAUGAGAGGAGAUGAGGCAGGAUUAGACAGAAUGAGAGGAGAUGAGACAGGAUUAGACAGAAUGAGAGGAGAAGACAAGCAGGAGGGUGUAAAAGGUUUUGCGGUGGGAACUCUUCUCAGUGAGCCAGUUGCCAAUGGAGCACUGCUUGGUACCUGGCAUCCUUUUUCUGCAACAAGCACAGUUGCUCUUUUAUUCCUCCAGACUUGGCUCCACAUCUGUCACAACUCUAGCUCAACAACUAUAAAACUUCCAUGAGUUCAUUGUGUGUAUGUUCUUAGUUUAUCUCUAUAAACCUGACGCCUUGCUUUCCCUCAGCAGCUGAACCAGUCGUAGUGAACACAGCAGUCUGGGUUUGGGGAGAGGUCACUGCUUUACUGUCCUUCACACCAGGGCCAAAAUGUUCCAAAUCGCUGGUAAUGAAGGUCAAAAGCGGGAUGGCACUGUAAGGACAGUUAGUUUCUCCUGUUCUGUGCAUUGUAUCUGUGGCUCAAUGCCACGUCCUCAUUACAGUUAUAAACUGGCUACAGAUGCUUUUCACCUGGGAUUCCUCAAAUUCUGCAUAUGGUGUGCAGUGAGAACAUUCCUCCUGUUAACAAUUCUAAUCUACCUGAUCCUUCAUUUGCAUUUCUCAGUUUUUGGUGCUAAGUGCUUGUGGCUGUGAUAUCUCUGCACUGUACUUCCCAGAGUCCGCCUGUGCAUCUGUUGCUCCGAGUGGCACUGUGCCGUCUCCUUUCCUCUGAUUGAUGCAGUUUGAGCUUCUGUCGGUUCCUCCUCUAACUUUUGAGCAAACUGCUGUUGCUGCUGAUGAAGUAUGAAAACUACUUUUCUUUGAGCUCGUGGACUUUUCUCCUCGAAAGACCAACCUGACACUUUAAGAUGUGUGGCGCGACAAAAGGAGAAGCCUUUCAAUGACUGGCAGUACGUUGAAUCACUAUUGUGUUCUAGCAGUCGGUGAUAGAGAGAAACUAAAUGUGCAUUUUGUUAUGUUUGUAGAUUAUUUAUCUCAGGUCAACUUUUUGUUCACUUUGGGUUGUUUUAGUUGGAGCAGGGGAGCAGCAGUAGAUAUGAAGGAUACACGUGUGAAGGCCACUUUAAUCUCUGUCCAUUUCUGUCCUCAAACCAUUUUUCCACCUCCUUGACUUUUAUGGUAAAAGCGACACGCUCUGUUAAACUCGCCAGACCUCUUGGAAAAUCCCCUCUCCUCUAAUGCUUUACCGCUCCUCAGUUUACCAUCUUUAUUCUCCUCCCACCACAGUCAGGUUUCAUCCCUCACUUUGCCCACAGAUGUUGAGACUGUAACGCCUGUUCCAUUGGACAACUUAACAUCAGAGACUGCUCUCAGCUCAACUCUGUAAUCCAGUCACAUCACAGACCUACAGCCAAAUAUGUCUUACAUAAUCACACAUUGCGUAAUUCGUGUCGAGGGUGAAAUUGAAUGUAGCUUUAAAAAGGAGCCAGUAAUGGGUUUUCUGGGGCUCACUGUCAAUCAUGAGAUCACCUCUGUCCCUUCCAGAGAGGAGUAAAUCAACCCUUAAACUGGGACUCCAGUGUUUGAAAUACUUUUGCAAAUAUGAAAAAAAUUGUGAUGAAAACUUUUUGUAGGUCCAAAGCAUGAAAUCAUACGAUUGACUCAGGUGACGUCCCUUGAGUUAGCCAUGGUGUGGUCUGGAGACUUCAAACAAUACAAAAGUCUACAGAUGUGGAGUUUGAAAUAAGUGAGUUUACAGAGUAGUGAUGUAGCACAUGACAUGAGAGGAGUAAUAGCUCCUGGACUAUGGAUUGUAUGUAUGAUAUGCACAAUGAACACAUUUGAACAAGGAUGUGGAUGUUCAGAUUUCCGAAUUUGACUCCACUCUGCAAAUGUGACACUCCAGUUACCUGCUCCUCAUCUCUGCUUGAGGCUAUGGUUUGAUUCCCAUUGGGGCUCUUUGCACCAUGUCCACUCUUAGUAUUGCAUUUAGGGGGGAGCCAAGAAACAGAUUUAUAAUACAAAUUUAAUCAAAAAAGAAUCAGCGGAAAUAUACUGACUUUACUCCAGUAAAGGAUUUCUAUUUGGAGAUUGUUGUCUCCAGGUCCAGGCUGAAAUGACUCAAUAGAUUAUCACCUGCAUACAUCACUUAUUGUUUUAGUUAUUAAUUACGAACUGUCAACAUUUGUUAAAUAAUGCUUCCUAGAGUCCAUAAGUGGUCUCUUAAUUGUCUUGGUUAUGACAAUUUAGCAUUUAUGAUAUUUUAAAUCUCAACCCCGCGCACGCACUUCCUUAACCAACAGGACAGGAUUCAGUCCUCCUUCCCAUCAUUGACGUAAUCACUUAUCUGUCCGGUCCGACGACUGGUAAAUACAUACCUCAAUCUCUCUGAAGCUGUUCAUUCAAGCUGGGCUCCAGAAAAGACGAGGGACUUCUCUAUGACAACCACACAAAUUGACUGGGGGGGGGAACACUGAGCUCAUUUGUCCCCCACACAAGGUCUCACGUAACUGACAAGUUUAAUAAUUUCCAAGGUGAGCGGCAGCCUUUUAAACAACAGAACACACCGAGACCAACUGACGAUAUUGGUUUUCAAUCAUCAGUGCUUUUAGAUUGGUCACAUUUAUGUCUGAAAUGUGUCCAUGGAUCUUAGACUCAGAAGUGAUGAUAAGAGCUGUCUGAAUGUGAAUUAUAACUCAUUUUAGUGCUCUGUGAGGCUAAAUUAAUUUAAGAGGUUACUUAGUGGAAGACGAACUGGCAAUUAUUUGGGAGCAAAAACCAACCAAGAGACUUUUCCUGAAAAAAAUAAAAUAAAAAAAAUAAGUGCAAUCAUGGACAAUAAUAGUUAAUUUUUAGGGUGAGAAUAAUCGAGAGGCUCUUAUUUUAGGGAACUAAUAGUGGAGUAAUCUGCUUAGUAGAUUUGCAGACAAAGGCCAAAUUAGUGAGCUUGCUGCUUGAAUGCACAAUCCUAAUAUCCUGUUCGGAAUGUAGCCUAGAUGAAGAGGGCAUUUGCACUCGAUGAGCUUCUCCAUUCACCUAAUGAAGGAUACUGUCCCUGAGUGGACCUCAUCUGUUGACACAGUUUAGUUUCAGGCUUAUUAUAUUUCCACUGAAACGACAUCACUAGUUCACUAGUGUUAAAGGCUGUAGGGUUGAAUUGAAAACAUUCCACAGAGGAGUGCCUACAUUUUUGCUCACCUUACCCACCAUGUAGUGUCGAACCACAAUGUUUGUCACCAAUUGUUUGUGUUACUGAAAUUGGUUCAGUCCCGUGUCACAGAAACUGCAGCAGAGUGAGAAUUCAAACUGCUUUUUUAGUAGGUGUUUAGUUUCUCUUUAAAUACAAAAACUACAUCUAUGUUACACAUUAGACAUAACUUCAAGUCCAAUGUACUCUUACUAUCUUUUUCAGGAGCUUUCAGAUGCACCAUAUAGUCUUGGUUAAUAGUUUUUUCUCAAUUGUCAUAUUGAUCUGUAGAGAGAUCUGUUAAAUAAUAACUUUAUUCAUAUUCUGCCUUUCAAAACAUAUGUGACCGGCUUCACACAGAGGGAAAAUAAAUUCUAAAACAAGAAGCAACUACAAUGUCUUUUUACAAUCAAAGACCGCAGAUCAAAUAAUACAUUCAAUUAAAUGUAAUGGCAAAAGAAAAGGAUAAAAGAAUAUGAGGCCUGGAAAAAGGGAGUAAGUGGAAUGAGGGAAUUUGUAUACCGUGAUCUUCAAUGUUUUAAAAAAAUAUGUUAAGUUCAUGGACCUUCAAAUAUUCAUAGGCAUGUGAUUGGAAGGGAGAAAAUUUACAUGUUUACCAAAAGGUUAGCUGAAGUAAGCUGAAGGUUUUGCACUGACAGUUGCAGAUGUACAAGCCAUAGAAUGAAAAGGAGAAGUUAAACUUCAUGCAAGUAUCAUAUUCAUGCUCUGAAUAAUGUAUGAUUCUUAUUAACAUUAAUAGAAGCAACGUUGACUUCAUCACUACAUACUGGGUAAGGUGACACUGAGCCAAACGAGAAGCUACUGUGAAUAUUUCAUGAAGUUCAUGAUACACUUUCACUGUUUCUGUGGCGACCACUCUGAUUCCAGACUGGCUGUCUGAAUUACCUAUUGGCCAUCAAAGAUGUCCCCCUCUUUGUGUUUGGCCUUUUUAUGGUGGUUGAAAGCAUUUUUAAAAAGGGUUUAUUUAUUAACUGAAUCUAACACUGUUUUUAACACAUUUUCUUUUAUUGUUUUCCAAUCAUACCAAAAUGGUUACCUUCAGAGAGUUUGCAUUGCAGUUCAUUUGAGAUUAACUAUUUUUGUGUGCAAACACUGUACAGAUAAUUGUUUCUUUUUAUGCCGAUAUUCACUUUUUGUAAAUGCUUUGACUUGAAAUGUAGAGCGAGCCAGUGUUUGGCCUGUAGAUGUGACUUUGUAAUGUGCUCAUCCACUGAGUCAGUGUGUGCGGCCGGUGGAGAUGGAGGAUGUACAUACUGUAAUAAAUACUGUGAAGCUUACUGUACACUACAGUGAUCCUUCACCUCUCUGUAGGAGUGGCAAGGAGAAUUAUUUAACAGUUGUCAGUGAAUAUUUCCAUAAAAAUGUA